CUUGGCGUUCUCAGUUCGAUCUUGAUCCGUCUUUCUCUCAUGGUUGAAAAACAGUAUUCGAAAUGCUACGAAAUCUACCAAAUGAACACCUCCUCCUGAUCGCAAGCAGCUUGGUAGAAGUAGAUAUCAACGCCUUCUCCCGCAUCAACCACCGCUUCCACGCCGUCCUAACCCCGUACCUCUAUGAGCGCGAUGCCAAAACCACCAGGAUGCCUCCAUGCUUUGACGGGACGACCAUACGAUCCAAUGACUGUCAAAUGUGGCUCUUCAAAUCCACUGCGGAUGACCCAUCGAAUAGGUCUGGCUUGGUGUCCAGAAUGCCCGGGACGAAAAAGCGCAAAUUCGCAAAGAGUAUAUCCUGUUCGUGCGGUACAUGAUCCUUUCUGAGGAUUAACAGAAAAAGGGCAGUGAUGAUUUUCGCCUCGCCAAGGACUGCAUCUGCUUUCAUUGUAAUAUUGCUCUGUGCAUUCAACUGGGUCGCUCAACAUCGCCUUCAAUUCUUUUCAGUUGUCGGGUUUUGGCAGUGUGUC